CCUCUCGCGAAUAGACGUUUUUUGUCCCGAGUUCUCACCGUGUUUAAAGCAGUUCAUAGACAGUCCCUUGGCUGCUCUGCUAGAGUAACGCGCUUACAGAUUUUUACCUCGAGGAUAUAGUUCAUUGGUUUUUUUUUUUUUUUUGAUUUUGGAAAACUUCUUACGCAAAACGAUACGGAACGGAACUUAACUUCCAAUUCAAAGGAUAUAAUGUGAUUAAACAGAAAAAAAGUGAGGUUUUAAAGUGCAAAAAUUUGAUUUUUAAGAAUAGAAAAUUUUCAAGAAAAUUCCCAAAAAAAAAAAAAGUGAAGUUACACAAAAAAAAAAAAGAAAAAAAAAUCUCUAUACACUACAACACCACCCUUAAAUUUUCAUUCUAUCUUCCUCUCUUUCGCUCGUUUGGUCGUUCUCUCUUGGUCUCUCUUCCAUUCCAUUUUGGGUUGGAGGACAAAUAAUUUUGUGCUUUUUUAACAAAAAUAAUAAAAAAAAAAUUCCAUCACACAUAUCUCCUUUAAAUUUCUCUCUCUCACUCUCUCUUUGUGCAGAGGAAGUCUUCAUGGUUCUCAAACUUUCUUUUUGAGAAUACAGGAAGGACAAACUAAACCAAAGUUGGAAUAACAAAAAAAAAAAAAAAUAAAAAAAAAAAACUAAAGGAAUCAAGUUUUUUUUCCAUUUUUUUUUUUCGAGAAAAAAAAAUCCAAAGAAUAUAUUUAAAAAAAUAACAGCAAAAAAAAAGAAAAGGACGACUUCACACUCAAAACUGGUUCAAGGAGAGGAUGUGCCAGUGCCAUAUAUCAACAGCACCACUACCAAACCACCACAACCACAUCCCUAUACACAAUUUCAGGACCAUCAGCAUCAGCUACUACUAAAACAGCAAGCUACAGCAUCACCACCACCACCAGUAGCAGUAGUUGUUCCGCACAGCAAAAGUGCAACAUGAGGAAAUGAAUUUCAAACAUCCUUUUUUGAAAAAAAUGUAUAUAUAUAUCUAUUUGUAUAUAUAAGUAUAUAUGAUAUCCUUGAGUAUCUAUAACAAAAUAAGCCACAAGGAGCGGCAGCAACAAAUUGCAGCCAACACACAAACUCUCUAGUCCCCAAAAAAAAAGAAAAAUAUAAUAAUAAUUGCAUGCGUAUAUGCAAGCAUAUUUUCUCAAAAGUGUUUGCUUCGUUUUCAUAUACAUAAAUGUGUGUGUGAAGGAUAUACACAAAAAAAGAAAAAUAAAUAAAUAAAAUUUCAAAGCUAAAGCAAAAAAAUAUCCUUCGAGUAUACAAAUUAGACUCACAAACAACAGCAAAAAAAAAGGAUCAAAUCCUUUUUUUUUCAUUUUUCGGUAUACGCGCGUUUCCGUUUAGAAAAUGACUGCAAUUUCGAACGAAUCGAAUAUAGACAAUUUGAUAAACUUACAACAACAACAACACUACCAUCAAGGAUGUUAUCCUUUAUCGUGUAUUAAUGUGUAAAGCAAUAUUCGUGCAUAUUAUUCACUGUUGCAUAUUUUAAGGGUGUGUAUCCUGUGGCAAUAAUAUUUUUUGUUUGCUUGUCCACAAAAUUAAAAGGAAACAAAAUUUUUAGAAAAAAAGUGUUUUUCUUUUAAAUAUAUUUCGAUAAAAAAAGGUCCUUUUAAUAUCUCUCUUUAUAUCUCUCUCUCUCACUCGCUCUAAAUAUAAAUGUGUGUGUUUAGUGUUAUCCUUGUGCAGUAAAAAUAAAUAUUAAUAAAAAAAUAAGUUUUAGUGUGUGAAUAUAAAUUUAUAGAAAAAAAAAAAAAGAAGUGAAGAGAAAUAAAUAUACAACAGCAUAAAAAAGGUGUCCUUUUAAAUUAAAAUUUCCAUCCAUCAAGCAGCAGAUAUAUAUUUUAAUAUAUAUAUAUCAAGCAAAAUACUAACCACCUUUUUCUCACAUUACGGACAUCAACUACAACAACAACAACAAAAAGAAUAACUGCAACAACACAAUGGAACAACACAAAUUGUUUGGAAUUUUAACAUUGUGCGUGGUGUUGUUUGCAAUUAAACUGAAUACAAUAUUAGUCCUUGGCGAACAGGACGAGGAUAUACCACAUAAUGAAGUUCGAAAUUGGGCGCUAAAAUUUGGCGUGGAUUUGUGGGAGUUCGGCAGGCAGUUUACGAAAAUGAACGAUAUUAAAAGUAGAUACAAGGACAACGAUAUCGAAGUAAAACGUAAAGAUGGAAUAAUUCUUUUGCGUGAACUUGCUGCCGAGGUGAAGAAUUUCAUGGAUUUCAAGAAGAAUGCUGUAAUGCGCAUUAUGGACUCUGCCGAACAAGCCGCACUCUCUGAACUCGAAUCACAAGGUCAUAGUUCAUCAUCUGGUGCAACACAACAUUACGAUGCCCGCCGAAUUAAUGAGUACAAUUCCGAUGGCAAAUUAGCUGAUGGAGCUCGUCACAUGGACAUAAGAUUUAUGCGUCGAUUUGAACGAUUACCAGUUAAUUUAAGUCUCAGUUCAAUUCUAGUACCGAAUGGAGUGAAUCUAGAUGAGAAUGAUGUCAAGGCGUCAUUACAAUGGAGUUCUCAUUUAGAUCCCUUAUUUCAAAAUAACCUUGAAAGAGACCCAGCAUUGUCAUGGCAAUAUUUUGGUUCAUCAACUGGUUUUCUUCGACGAUUUCCUGGUACAGCUUGGCCACCGGAAGGUUCGAGGGGCAGUAAGUUAAUUCAUGAUUUUCGAACGCACAAUUGGUUUGUCCAGGCUGCUUCAUCACCAAAGGAUAUUAUGAUUUUGCUGGAUACUUCAUCGAGAAUAUCAGAAAAGUCCUUUGAAUUGGCUACCGAAACAGCUUUUAAUAUUCUUGAUACAUUGGGUGAAGAUGAUUAUGUAAACCUGAUAACCUUUACCGAAACUGUGAAGACUCCUGUGCCAUGUUUCAAGGAUCGAAUGGUCAGAGCUACUCCAGACAAUAUUCAAGAAAUUAAAUCAGCUGUCAAAGCUGUCAAACUGGAAGAUACAGCAAAUUUCACUGCAGGCCUUGAGUAUGCCUUUAGUUUGUUGCACAAGUACAACCAAUCUGGUGAAGGUAGUCAAUGUAACCAAGCCAUCAUGUUAAUUACAAGAGGCACCACAGAAAGCCAUAAAGAAACUAUCAAACAGUAUAACUGGCCCCAUAUGCCCGUCCGUAUCUUUACCUAUCUUAUCGGUGACGAGUCCAGCUUCCGAAGCAAUCUCCAUGAAAUGGCCUGUUCGAACAAAGGUUUCUUUGCCCAAAUCAAUUCGAUUGAAGAAGCUCGAGAAAAGGUUAUCGACUAUGCCCUAGUUAUGGCCCGUCCAAUGAUUAUGUAUCAAGCUGACCAUCCGGUCCAUUGGAGUCCAGUUUUUAUGGCUGGCAAAUCGGGAGGUUUGGGACGAGAUAGUGAAUUUCAGCGACGUCUUGUGACGACAGUUUCAACUCCGGUCUUCGAUAGACGUAACCAUUCGGUGAGAGUGGCGAAUUUAUUAGGAGUAGUGGGGACUGAUGUGCCCAUUGAAGAAAUUCGAAAGAUGAUACCACAACACAAGUUGGGACCGAAUGGUUAUUCGUUUAUCGUGGAUAAUAAUGGAAGGGUGUUGUAUCAUCCAGAUUUGAGACCUAUAGGUGAUGCCAAUCAUUAUAUUGAUCAUUUGAAGCCAAAAUAUACAUCGGUUGAUAUAACGGAGUUGGAGCUGCCGGAAACAGAAAUGGGCAAUGAGCAUGAAAUUGUUGAAAUGAAUAAAAAUUUGCUUUAUGAUAUGCGAAGUGACAUGGUCAUGCCCAAGGAAGGUGAAACAGAAUUUACCAUCCUAAACCAUUUUGAUGGAAUGAAGAGAGUAUCUUCAAGGACUCAAAGAUAUUUCUAUGGUCCUAUUGAAGAUACUCCAUUCACAUUGGCUGUUGUACUCCCAGAGAAAUAUGGCAGCCAUGAGUUAGUCUCCCAGCAAGAGAUAAGGCAUUCACGAAAAAAUGUGACAGAAUAUUUUAAAGGAGACAACUGGCGUGUCCAUCCCGAUUGGGUAUACUGCGAGUACAAUAGUGUUAGUGAUUUGGAAAAGGAACGUGAGAGUUCCGGUGAAAUGACUUCGUCGCGUGAACAAGAGCCUAGCUUUUCCACGCCCGAAGAACAAGUGUUGCAUUUUUUGGCACGUGCUGGUAGGCCCGGUUGGAAAUGGAUGUCCGUUCGUCCAAAAUCACCUCAACCACAUCAUAGUAUGCACGGUGCAACACCUGUUGGUAGUCAUUUUGGUCAACAUUUAAAUGGACAAGGUUCUCGCAAAGCUGAACCAUAUUUUUGCGAUCGAACCUUGAUUCAAAGUUUGGUAAGAGAUGCUAUGGUAACUGAUGGUUUAGAAAGAAAUUCAACAACGCCAUCGAAUGGAAAAGAGGACAAACAUCCAAUUGCCACAUUAAUGGCGAUUCUUAAAAGACAAGGCUUUCAAAAGUUUGGUGUUGCAACUUCUUUUGUAGCUACACGAUCUGGACUGUUUCGAUGGAUUGAUCAUAUAAAACGACCUGAGGAUUCUCCUGAACCUCACUUUAGUGAAGACAAUUCCCGAGCAAUGGACAUGUCAUGGUACAAACGAGCCAUCGAUCAACACACUGUCGAACAAGAUAGUUUUGUCUAUAGCGUACCAUUUGAUUCAGGACAUUCUGGCAAAAUGAAUAUGACCCUCGUAACAGCUACUCAUGCGGUAUUUGUUGAGCAUCGAGGUCAUAAGGCUCCAGCAGCAGUUGUUGGAUUACAAUUUCAACAUGAGUCCUUGUCGAAACAUUUUAUUAACAUAACCUCUGCAUGUACGGGAAUGACAGGUUGCAAACGAACGUGUGCUUCGGACAAUCUCGACUGUUAUGUCCUUGAUAACAAUGGCUUUGUGAUAAUUUCGGAGGAGAAUGAGCAUACUGGAAAAUUCUUUGGACAAAUCGAUGGAACUAUCAUGGACUCGUUAGUCCAGGAUCGAAUUUACAAGAGAGUGACAAUAAAUGACUAUCAAGGAAUUUGUUCAGAUGCCGAUAAUCCUUAUACCGCCGCAGGAGGAAUUGCUCGACCACAUCGCAUAGCUUCGUGUUUGAUGAAUUAUGUAGUGUCCUUGAGUACGGCAUGGUUAACACUAUUGCCAAAUCCAAUUCGAGCCUGGCCACAAGAUGAUUACUCAUACAAGGACGAAGUUUUUGAAGAGCCAACUUACACCGAUGAUUAUGAACCAUUCGAUGAUGACUAUUCGCCGGUGGAUGAGGAAAUGGAUGAAUUAUUUACUACACCUGAUGUUGAACAAGCUACACCACCACCAAAGCAACAUAAACCCCAUACUGGUCCUAGAGCAUCACCAGAUGCCCAACAUGCUAGGAGAUGUGACUUAAAAACUGAUCUUUUUGUCCUUCAACCUGAGAAACUUAAUCAAAAUGGACAAAAUAAUCCAUUGAAGGGUAAAUUAACGAAUUGUCAUGUGUCAGGAUGUGAACGUCCAUUUAGCAUUCAAAAAAUACCACAUAGCAAUUUGAUUCUGCUGGUUGUGGAUACUUUGUGUCCGUGCGGUUCCAAACAAUUGAACAUUGAACCUCUGGAAGAAGGUGGUGUCAUAGGAGCCUGCAGUACACGUCGUCAAAAUCAAGAAACACAAAAACGUCGAAGGCCCAAAAAAUGCAUAAAUUACCAUCCGGAAGAAAUUGAAAUUCAACAAUGUGGCCGAAGUGCUGUGCUGUAUAUUACACCUUCGUCCAUAAUCAUCUCACAUUUGAUUAUUCUUCUAAUGACCUAUAUUCUAACACAUGCGUGAUAUUAAAGUGUUUUAUUAAAAUUAUUUUAAUUUUAUUUAAAUAAAAAAAAACCCA